UCGCGCAGAAACCAGAUUUACAAUUUAACUUAUUUUGUCAAACUAACUGUUAGUCAAAGUAUUUAACCUACAUUAUAAAAAUGAACACCUUCAUGAAAAUUUGCUUGAUGGUUUUUGUUGUAGCUGUUCUCACUGCAUGCUCAGACGCACAAUAUAAUAACUACAAUGGUCCUGCAAGAGGUGGCCGUGGUUACGGAGGUGGACGUGGAUAUGGAGGUGGACGUGGAUAUGGAGGAAGACCUGUAAAUCAAGGAAAUCAAGGUGGAGAUACAUCUCAAGGUAGCAGUCAAGAUGGCUACAAUGUAAACUAUGGUCAAGGAAAUCUUAAUAACAAUCAGAGAAAUCAAGCAUCGCAACAAGGCAUUCAACGAAACAGAAAUGGAGGAUACUCUUAAUUAGAGGAUAACAUUCCAAACAUUCAAAAGAUAAAACCAAUGCUAUAGUACAUAAAUAAAACUCUUUAUAAAAAUAUA